CGCCCUAAGUCUAGCGGCGCCGGCUAUCGCGACCAGAGGAAAGCGUUAGGGCUUCGCUCAUCGUGGAGUGUUCUGAGUCUAACUUUACACCUCACGCUUAGUGUGUCUGGCGGUUAUUUAAGGAUUGGCCAUCUCCUUCACGUCUGACUCUGUUCAACCGCGCGGACCCACAAACUAGGGCCGCGCAACCAGCCCAACAACGCGCAGGCGCAGUAACCGGGUUGGGACUUCCGAGGUCGCUCUCUGAGACUUUUGUGGCGCUGGCUGCGGCUUCGGGGAAGACGGCGGCCGAGAGGCAGGGCGCGUUUUGGUUCGUGCGGAUCCGUGCGGCGGGAUGCGGUACAACGAGAAAGAGUUGCAGGCGCUGUCCCGGCAGCCGGCAGAGAUGGCGGCCGAGCUGGGCAUGCGGGGCCCCAAGAAGGGCAGCGUGGCCAAGCGGCGGCUGGUGAAGCUGGUGGUCAACUUCCUCUUUUACUUCCGCCCGGACGAGGCCGAGCCCCUCGGAGCCCUGUUGCUGGAGCGAUGCAGAGUGGCCCAGGAAGAACCGGGCGGCUUCUCCAUCAGCUUCGUGGAAGACCUCAGCAGGAAAUAUCACUUUGAAUGCUGUAGCCAAGAGCAGUGUCAGGACUGGAUGGAAGCUCUGCAGCGGGCCAGCUACGAAUACAUGCGACGGAGCCUCAUCUUCUACAGGAAUGAGAUCAGGAAGAUGACUGGCAAGGACCCCCUGGAGCAGUUCGGCAUCUCCGAGGAGGCCAGGUUCCAGCUGAAUAGCCUACCUAAGGAUGGGCGGACUACUUGUAUUGGCUCCCAGUUAGAUGUGUUGGACUGACCCUCUCUGGCCCCUGACUACCCUGGGAAGUUUUUUUUUUUUUUAAUAGGUUUGAAUACAUCUGUUCAAAGGUCCAGAGGAGGUGGGCAGGGUCUGUGGUCCUCGUUCUCCAUGCCAUCUCCCUGCCAGCACCCCUGUCCAUUGCCAGGUGAAUGUAUAAUGCUAGAUGAAGCUGUGAACCCCCUCCUGCUGAUAGAGCAGGGCACGGGUGCUGGCCUCAGUGCUCAGCCUGCUCUUUAAUAAAGGUACCUCUUUUCUGAGCCA